AUGUUCAAUGUUGAUUUAAAGACCUACAAAUGGGCCAUUAUCUUUUGCUCAAUGUCAGCCAUUGGUGCGCUGGUCUACGGAUAUGACAACUCUUACUACAACGGCGUCCUUGCCAUGCAGCCCUUCAAGGAUCACUAUGGCGACCACUAUGUUGAUGGCAAGAAAGCUCUUGCCGUUAGCUUCACCUCGUUAACAGCCUCAUCUAUCUACAUUGGUGAUUUGCUUGGCGCGUUGAUCUCAGCUCCUAUCAACGAUCGAUGGGGUAGGAAGGCAGUCUUCAUAUUUGGCUCUCUGUGCAUCCUGGGCGGAGGUGUGGCGCAGGUUGCUGAUAAUCACCAUGAAGGAGUCAUCGUGCUGGGGCGUAUCCUCAUAGGCUUUGGCGUUGGAUCUUUCGCAGUGACGUCGCUGCUCUACAUGGGAGAAAUCGCUCCCCUUGCCGUCAGAGGCCCGGCACUGAUGAUGUUCCAAUUUCUUCAGUCAUGCUCUCAGCUUAUCGCAUCUGGAAUUACCCAAGGCACUGAGACGAUUAACGGUACGCUGAGCUAUAAGAUACCGAUGGGGGGGCUAGUCGUCCUUCCUGUGAUCAUGUUCAUGUGCCUACCGAUCCUCCCUGAAUCACCAGUCUGGUACAUACUAAAAGGGCGAAGAGACGAUGCUGUAAAAUCUUUCAGGAAGAUUCACAAGAGCGAGCCGCACUACGAUCCUACGUCCGAGAUUCAGAUGCUCGAAGAAGCCAAGAGAGUCCAAGAAGAAGAAAAUGCGAAGUCCAGCUGGGUAUCACUAUUGACCAAUCCCAUUGAGCGGAAAAAGAUAGUAUUCUCUGCCGGCGCAAUGUUCGCGCAGCAAAUCAACGGCAUCCUGUUCUUCUAUGUCUACGGGGUCGUCUUCGCACAAGCCAUUGGUAUCAAACAGCCAUUUACCAUUCAGCUUAUCACCAACGUUCUUCAGAUCGUCGCAGUUGGUGCUUCAGUUGUCACAGGCAACAAGGUCCGACGACGCCUCAACUACUUGAUCACCACGGUGAUGAUGUUUGUGGCUUUUCUCGUGAUGGGGGGUAUUGGAACGCAUAAGGCACUUUCAACGGCUGAUCAAUAUGUUAUUGUUGUCUUCUCAUAUGUCAUCAUAGUGGCGUUCAACUUUGGUAUGGGCCCUCUAGCCUUCACUGUCGCCCGAGAGAUGGCAGUCGGCGUCAACCAGGACAAAAUUAUGUCUAUUGCGAUCGCAGUAUGGUACUUUACCAUCUGGCUUGUUUCGUUCACAGCACCGUAUUUGUAUGACACAGCUGGACUCGGACCAAUGUUGGGAUUCGUGUAUGCUGGCACAACAUGCAUUUCCUUUGCCUGGGCUUACUUCUGCGUGGGCGAGACGACUGGAAGAACAACUUUAGAGAUCUCAAUGUUCUUUGAUCGGGGAAUUCCAGCCAGGCAUUGGAGAAAGCAUGUAUUUCCUCCACAUUUGGCGCAGUCGGAGGACUUCUCGGCCGAUGAAGCGUUGAAAUCGGGCACAGUCGCGACCUCAGAGAAGCUGACGUAG